UUCAUAUAUAAAAACCUUUGUGGAUUUUGGAAUUUCCAUCUCUUUCCUUUUCGUGUUAUGCAUGAACUUUUUGGAGUUUGUCAAUUUCAGUCAGCCAUAGAGCUAGCUUGUGAACAGAAUGAGGAUCAAAAUUCUUCUUGCAGCAGUUCUGAUAUGGGAUUUAACCUGCGGCUUAGGCUUCAACGUAUAUGCUGAUAAUAUGGUUAGGAUCGAAUUAAAAAAGCAAGCGUUGGACCUUAGUAACAUAAAUGAUGCAAGAAUCUAUGUUAAAGAUUUGAGGGGUUCCAAUAGAAACUUGGCUUCUUCUUCUUCCGAUGAGCAGAUAAUUUAUCUAAAAAAUUAUCGGGAUGUCCAGUACUUCGCGGAUAUUGGUAUUGGUUCACCGCCUCAACACUUCAUUGUUGUGUUUGAUACUGGAAGUUCCAAUCUUUGGGUUCCAUCCUCGAGAUGCUUCUUCUCGAUUGCAUGUUAUCUUCGUUCCAGGUACAAAUCAAGACUGUCAAAUACGCAUACAAAAAUUGGGAAGUCUUGCAAAAUCCCUUUCGGGGCUGGAUCAGUGCGUGGAUUCUUCAGCCAAGACGACACAAAAGUUGGAAGUGCCGUCAUAAAGCAGCAGGUUUUCACUGAGGUAACUCGGGAGGGAUACUUCACAUUCUUGCGUGCAAAAUUUGAUGGAGUAUUAGGACUUGGAUUCCAGGGCUCGGAUUCAAGGAAUGUCACACCACUAUGGCAAAACAUGAUGCUUCAGAAAAUAGUUUCCAAGUCAGUCUUCUCAUUCUGGCUUAAUCGAGAUCCUACAUCUGGGAUAGCUGGUGAAAUUCUCUUUGGAGGCAUGGAUUGGACUCAUUUCAGGGGUAUACAUACAUUUGUUCCGGUUGCUAACAAUGGUUAUUGGGAGAUUGAGAUAGGUGAUUUUUUUAUAGGAAACAAUUCAACAGGCCUUUGUAAGGAUGGCUGUCCAGCUAUAGUCGAUACUGGAAUAUCUUUUAUUGCUGGUCCAAGUACCAUUUUAGCUCAAAUAAAUCAUGCUAUUGGAGCGGAAGGAAUUGUUAGUUCGCAAUGCAAAAAAGUUGUCUCGAGUUUUGGGACUCCAAUCUGGGAACGCUUGAUUCAAGGGUUACAUCCGGAUAAAGUAUGCCAAAAAAUUGGGGUCUGUCCAUAUAAUCAGACACUAGGUGUAAGUCAUGAGGAGUCACAGAAGCAAACAAGUGGUCUAUGCAAUUUUUGUGAGAUGGUAGUGUUCUGGAUUCAAGUAGAGAUUAGAAAAGACAGAUCAAAAGAAUUGGCAUUGCGAUAUGCUGAUCAGCUGUGUGAGAAGCUACCAAAUCCUGGGGGGAAAUCAUACAUCAACUGUGACGUCUUUUCCCUGCCACAUAUAACGUUUACCAUUGGGAACAAGUCUUUCCCCCUUUCUCCGGAUCAGUAUGUUAUCAGAGUUGAUGGCAUCCAAGGUGUUCACUGUCUCAGUGGAUUUACAGCUCUACAUGUGCAUCCGCGACGUCCCCUCUGGGUUCUUGGAGAUGCAUUUUUGAGAGCAUAUCACACGGUUUUCGAUUUUGGCAAUUUACAAAUUGGAUUUGCAGAAAGUGCUUAGAGUGGUUUUCAUGGAUUACUCAAAAAACAUUGUACUAGUCACUACUCAAAAUUUGUUUGGUUUUGCAACUUGGUUUUCCUUUUGAGGGCAGAUGAAAUUCUGGUGUUGUGAAUAAAACUGUUUGUACUUCUUUGGUCAUUUGUCAAUUGUUCACUCUAGUUCAUUGUCCUUCAUGCUGAUGGACACGGAACAAUGUAUAUUUGUUUCGGUAAUAUGUAAUAUUUCACGUAACACAAUUUACUUUUCUGGUUUUGAGCGA